AUGCCUUACGAAGAAAACGGUAGCACAGAAAUAACGAUGGAGGAUGUGGAAUUGAGUCCACUGCAACGGCGAACGCGGUUCCACGUGAACAGGGUAGAUAGCUUGGAAGGACGUACCAGCCUUUUGGGUGAGCAGGAGACAAGAAAAUCAUUAAGACACAUGACACGCGAGGCAUUGCCGCGGCUGGAUAAUUAUAGAAAUAUUUUGAGUAUUCAGGCGGCACACCGACCUACUCUUGAUGAACUUCAUAACCCCAGUCUUGGGAGCAAGGGUCCUGCAACAAGCACACUGCCGUUUACUCACGUAAAAGAACCUGAAACAGGUAUAAAGUUCGGAUGGAUACAAGGCGUAUUAAUGAGAUGUCUUCUGAAUAUUUGGGGUGUUAUGUUAUUCCUACGGCUAUCUUGGGUCGUCGCACAAGCUGGAGUUGGCCAGGCAAUCCUCUUAAUUCUUACAACAACAGUAGUGACAACAAUAACGUCACUAUCAAUGUCUGCAAUAAGCACCAACGGCCUAAUAAAAGGAGGUGGCACAUAUUACAUGAUCUCACGAUCUCUUGGUCCCGAAUUCGGUGGAUCAAUUGGUUUAAUUUUCUCCUUGGCUAAUGCAGUGGCCUGCUCGAUGUACGUCGUCGGUUUUUGUGAAAGCUUACAAGACCUUUUGAAAUCUUUCGGGCUCUGUAUCUACGAUUGCGCCCACUAUGACGUCAGAAUAAUAGGCUGCAUUACAAUUUGUGUCCUCCUUGCCAUAGUAAUGAUAGGAAUGGAGUGGGAGGCAAAAGCACAAAUUGGUUUACUUAUUAUUUUACUUAUUGCUCUCGGCGAUUUCAUUAUUGGCACGUUUGUUGGACCCAAAAAUAAUGAAGAGUACGCCAAAGGCUUCAUUGGAUAUAAUGCUGAAUUGUUCCGAGAAAAUUUUUCACCGGACUAUAGAGAGCAUGAUGGAGUUUCGCAUAAUUUUUUUUCAGUCCUGGCUAUUUUUUUUCCAGCUGCGACUGGAAUUCUUGCUGGUGCUAAUAUUUCUGGCGAUUUGAAAGAUCCCCAAAAAGCGAUACCAAAAGGAACUAUCUUGGCAAUAUUGCUAACAACAAUAUCAUACCUAUUGAUGGCAGCAAUGGUCGGCGGGAGCGUAUUAAGACAAGCUUCAGGAAACGUAUCCGACUUGCUAAUAAUGUCCAAUCAAACAGAGAUCCUGCUGAAUAGUACAAACAUGUUAUUUAAUUCUUCUCUACCCCUAGAAGACUUAAACAAUAAUAAUAAUAAUGAUAAUAAUAAUAAUAAUAAUAAUAAUAGCAUAAGUAAUUACUCAAUUGAUAAUUUAAACGGCACCGACAGGCUGUGGAGCAAUUACGGCACGGCAUUUAAGUGCGCCGACACAAACACUUGUAAAUACGGUUCACACAACAGUUUCCAAGUUAUCGAACUAGUUUCGGUGUUUGGUCCAAUUAUUUACGCCGGAUGUUUUGCCGCGACUUUGUCCAGUGCUUUGGCAUCUUUGGUGUCCGCUCCAAAAGUGUUUCAAGCUCUUUGCCAAGAUCGGUUGUAUCCAGGAAUCGCCUGGUUCAGCGGCAAGGAUGGGAAAGAACCGAUUCGCGGUUAUUUUUUAACCUUUUUUAUCGCAGUAGGAUUUAUUUUGAUCGGUAAUUUAAACUCGAUAGCACCCUUGAUAUCAAACUUUUUCCUAGCAGCGUAUACACUCGUUAAUUUCAGCACCUUCCACGCAUCAUUGGCUAAGCCAAUCGGUUGGAGACCAACUUUUAAAUAUUACAACAUGUGGUUAAGUCUUACUGGAGCAAUUUUGUGCGUCCUAGUGAUGUUUCUCAUAUCAUGGUCCACGGCACUAUUGACUCUCGGUUUUGUUAUGGCUCUUUAUUUAGUUGUUUCUUACAGAAAACCAGAUGUAAAUUGGGGAUCAACUACUCAAGCACAAACUUACAACAAUGCACUGAACGCAGUCCAACAAUUGGACAGAGUUGAGGAGCAUGUUAAAAAUUACCGGCCUCAAAUUUUGGUACUUAGUGGUAAUCCGAGUGCUAGGUCAAUUUUGAUUGAUUUUGCUCAUUAUAUCACCAAAACACAAAGUCUACUAAUUUGCGGUGAUAUUGUUGAGAGUACUUUAAGUCAUAAGACGCGCAGUGCGCUGAUGAGCAAAUUUUCCUACUGGUUAAAGAAUAACAAAAUAAAAGGCUUUUAUACGGUAGUAGACGGGGUUAACUUUCAAGAAGGAGCUACGUCACUUAUUCAAACUUGCGGGCUAGGAAAAUUAAGGCCUAAUAUCUUGUUGAUGGGGUACAAACAAGAUUGGGCUGUUUGCUGUGAAAAUGAUCUUAAUAUGUACUUUAAUGUGAUGCACAAAGCUUUAGAUAUGCAUGUAGCAGUGGCUAUUUUACGUAUAAGUGAGGGUUUUGACAACAGCGAGGCCUUGAACGACUCAUCGGAAAAUUACAAAAAGAGUUCUAUCACUAUUCGAGGAAAUCAAAGUUUUUCUCAGCUAAGCCAAGCCAGCAGUAGCUCAGACGUGUCGAUGCCCAGCAGUCCGACUCUAAGAAGGUCAGAAGUAAGCAACAACCCAGAUGCAUCGGCGAGCGAAGAGCGCCCGGAGAAUAGAUCAAACAACAUUUCCAUAAUAUCCAAAGACAUACUGACUUCGAUAACUAAAUUCAGGAGAAAACAAAAGAAAAGCACCAUUGACGUCUGGUGGCUCUACGACGACGGGGGAUUGACCUUGCUAUUGCCUUAUAUUAUAAGCACGAGACGUCAUUGGUCGAAUAGUAAAUUAAGGGUAUUUGCGCUGGCUAACAGGCACUCUGAAUUGGAAUACGAGCAGCGAAACAUGGCAAGUUUGCUGUCGAAAUUCCGAAUUGAUUAUUCAGAUCUUAAAGUUAUUCCUAAUAUUUCGAAGCCUGCUGAUCAAAAAACUAAAAAUUUCUUUGAUUUACUGAUUGCUGAUUAUCAGAGUAGAUCUAGAUCCUCAGACAAUGGGUCAAAAAUUACCGAAUCAGAACUUUUGGCCAUGAACGAAAAAACAAACCGUCAUUUACGGUUACGUGAAUUACUUAUUGAAAAUUCAAUGGAUUCAAACCUCAUUGUUAUGACUUUGCCAAUGCCAAGAAAAGGUGCAGUGUCAGCACCACUGUACAUGGCCUGGCUGGAAACCUUAACGCGAGAUAUGCCGCCGUUCUUAUUAGUACGUGGAAAUCACACGUCUGUUCUUACAUUUUACUCAUAA